AUGGACCCGUUCACGCUCAACGAGUGCAUCGAGGAGAUCGCCGAGAAGCGCCCGGACCUCGCGUACAUCGACCCGGAUGAAGUCGACAUCCGCUUCGACGAGAGGCUGGGCGAGGGCGGGUUCUGCACCGCCUACCGAUGCACGUGGAACGGCCUCCCAUCCAUCGCCGCCAAGGUUUUCGGUUACACCAGCUGCAGCCGCCCCGAGCUCAAGGACGACCCGGGCCUGAUGGGCAACCGCGGCAACGGAUGCCACAUCUGCCUCGCCGUGGUCACCGAGCUCUGCCCGCACGGCAACCUCGAAGACUUCAUGGAGCGCGAGGGCGUCCCGCUCUCCGCCGAGGUCAAGCUCGACGUCAUGCUGCAGGUGGCGAAGGGCUUGGAGCAGCUCAAGGAUGCGCGAAUCGUUUGGAGGGAUCUCAAGGCUAAGAAUCUUCUCGUGCGCUCCGCGCAUCGAGGAAGAGCCGGCGAGGUGGUGAAGGUCUCCAUCGCGUUCACGGACUGGGGCACCGCGGUCAAGAUGCCCGAGGAAGGCAAGCGUCGCAUGACCCUUCACGGCCCGGGAACCGCCGGAUACAUCGCUCCCGACACCCGCGGGCCCAUCUACGAUUACCAGGCGGACAUGUGGGCGUAUCUGGUGUGGGCAGCUUCGAUGUGCCUAAAGGUGGAGUGCAUCGUGGACUGCCAGCUGGAGGAGGCGCUCGCGGACCUGAAGCUCGAGAAAAAGGCCAACGCGACGUCGGCGCAGGACACCAAGGUCAACGAGCUCCUCCGAAAGUUCCAGGCUGACGGUAAGGUUGACGAGGGAUGCGACGACCUGUACGAGCUGGUCAGGGACUCGGCUCCGUGGGUCGACGCGUCCAUGCGAUGGUCGCCGGAGGAGGCGGAGGAGGAGCUGACGACGUUCAGGGCGGACCACGGACUCGUGAUCGACGCGAGCGCGGUGCAGAAGGAGGCUGCCGCGCCGGAACCCGAGCGCAGGUUCAAGGCUUCGUGCCUGCUCCUGGACAGGGAGUACGGCAAAAGGCUGGAGGCUGAAUACGAGGCAAACAAGCUUCUCCGGGAGCAGCAACAACAACAGCAGCAGCAGCAGCAGCAGCAGCAGCAGCAGCCGACGACCGAACCGGCGCCGCCGGCUGUCGAGAACGACACCGUCGAGAAGGACGACGACGGGGAGAGCGAUUGGGACGAGGAGGCUCCCACGCAGCCCAUCGUGCCGACGCAGCCCGCCCCCGAGACGGCCGACGAGAUGGACGCGGUGGAGGAGGUGGAGGAGGAGGAGGAGGAGGAGACGUCGCGAGGGGAGGAACAACCCGCGAACGUGGCCGCCGUCGUCGUCGAACCUUUCGCGAAAAAGAUUGACCCGUACGAGUUUGACCUCCCCGAUCCCGUCGAGCUCGACACCUCUCGGGAGAUGGACGCGAGCCGAGAGACGGCGUAUGAAGCAAUCGCGGGGACCGAGGACGAGGCUUCGGAGGCUUCGGAGGAGGACGAGGAGGACGAGAAGGACGAGGAGGACGAGGAGGACGAGGACGAGGACGAGGAGGACGAGACUGAGCGGGCCGCGCAGAGGGAGGCUGACGCCGUCGCGGGCGAGUGGGUCGGCGCCCGCGUCAAGAAGUGGUUCAGGCUUCCGAAACCCCGCGGCAGGCGCAAGAAGGGCGCGCCCCCGCCCCCAGACGGCGAGUACGUCUGGGGCACCGUGGUGGAGACGCGCGCGCGGCGGAUGGAGCCGUUCCAACCCCACGUGCCGUGCGCGUUCGUUCGGUACGACGACGGCGACGAGGAGGACAUGCCGCUGGACGAGUGCGCGAGGUGGCUGGCAAACAAACGCGGGGCUUCUUCGAGGGACGCCGCCGCCGUCAAGAGCAAGCGCGCGGCGCCCGGUAAAGUCGGUAAAGCCGGUAAAGCCGCCGGUAAAGUCACCGGUAAGCGCCCGGCGCUCGGCGAGAUCAGCGUCAACGGCGCGGCGGCUCGAGGACGGGACGAGAAGAAGAGGAAGAGCGGCGGGAGCAACGUCUCCCUCCCUUUGACGAUCCAGACGCCGCCCUCCGUCGGGGCCCCGGGCUCGAGCGGCGGCGGUAAGAGGCGCGGCCGCGCCGCCCCCGCGUUCGCCGUCGCCGCGGUGGACGAGCGCGGCGUCACAUUGGGGUGCUCCAAGUGCCGGUACGGUCGGUACGGGUGCGCGACGUGCCGGGACAGAGCCGGCGUGUUUGAAACCGCCGUGGCGUUGGUCCCCGAAGACGACGCGAAGUCAUCGCGGACGUACCGUCCCGCCUUUUCGCUCGAGCUCGACAAGGAGAACGAGGAGAACGACGGCGGCGGCGUUCGCGGCGUCGGCGCCGCGCCCGCCGCCAAGCGCGCCAGGCGCGCGCCGCUCUCCGCGGUGAACGACGAGAGGGUUUCGAGAGCGACGGCAAAGGCGGAGGCUCCGUCGGCGAGGCUCCGAGGCUCUGACGCAAACGCAAAGGCGAAGGCGAAGGCGAGGAAGCCCUCGCGCCCGAAGGCGGUGGACGCCCUCGCCGUCGUCGACGCCUCUCCCCACAAACGCGCCCCAAGUGCGCCCGUCACCGCCGCGGAGGCGUUGGCGCAGUGCCUCCUCCCCAUCGACGUCGGCGACGACGUCGACGAGGCGACGCUCGCGGCUAAGCUCCCGCCCGGCGUCGAACUCGGGUGCUCAAAGUGCAGGCGCAACUGGCGCGGGUGCGCGGCGUGCAGGAAACGGGCUGGGGUGUGGCUGCCGCCGUCGCGCGCGUGGAGAAAGCGGCGGGGGUUGGAUGACGCGAGCGGCGGCGGCACAGCCGGCGGCGGCGGCUUUGGGUUUUUGGCCCUCCCCGCCCCCGGCGACGACGCCUUCGUCGCCGCGUGA